AUGGUGGGGAGGGAAUCGCAUUUCCACGACUCGGCCCCGACCACCACGUCGCCAAGCUCCCCGGCCAGAGGCAAGGGCGUCGCUUUUGCGAGCAAUGACGGCACUCGUCCACCGCGGCCGCCAGUCUGCGGCGAGCGUCGACACGCGGCUGCGUCUGUGGGCGACGACGACUCGGGCGACGACGAGCUGAUGAACACGCUGCUGUCCGUCUCGUCUUCAGGCCACUCGACGGCCAUGACGUCGGCCACCACCUACGACGACCGACCCAGUGCUGAGACGCCCACUGCCAGCCCGCCCUGCGCCCAUCCCACCCUCUCGCUGCUCGAGCUCGUCUCCAACACGGCCUCGUCGUCGGCCCUGCCCGACAGCUUCGACGUCAGCGUCUCCCGCAAGGGCGCCUAUGUCGCCGUCUACUCGGCCGCCAAUCUGUUUCUGAUCAAGACGCUGGAGCUGCCGCGGCUGUGGGCGCGCACAUUGCAGGUCAAGCGCAAGCCCGUUGCAAUUGACGUCACAGAGGAUGGCUUCCUCUUGGCCGUGCUGUCACGGCCCUCCCAGGUCGACCUCUACGAGAUACACGGCGAGGGGCACAAUCAGAUCAAGAAGAGACGGACCAUUAUGCUGGUACACGAGGCUAGCUCCGUCGUCGUCUCGCCCGACGCGCGCAUACUCAUCACGGGCAACAAAUUUGGCAUCGAAGUCAUAGCCAUCGGGCCAGAAGUGCCGGAUACCUUGCGACGCACGCUUUCGGGGCCUGCAGGCGAUGCGCUGGAAUUCUCCGACGACGGCAGGACUCUGCUCAUCACGGGAUACGCAAGAAAGUCGGAUGGGUCUGCCUUGUUUGUUCUGCCUGGCUUGUAUGAUGGGCCGCUUACAGAGGAGGGAGAGCCAAUACCACAACCGCCCGAAACUGCAUGGACAGGCUCAGUGCUGUUCCCCGAGACGGCGAGGAUUGCCCGGCAGGCCACGCUUCUCCCAGAUGCAGACACGGGCACCUUCAGCGAGUUGUUUGCCUUCAACGCCGAGGAAGAUUCCUGGGGCAUCUACGACAUUGCCUGCCAGCGCUUCACGCAGAGGAAAAUGUUUCUUCCCGACCACCAACGCUGGACACGCUCCGAGUUUGUCGACGACGCCAUGCCCGCCGUAUCACCCAAUGCCGACUUGGCAGCCGUUGCUCUGCGCAUACAGGGCAUGACCAACAUUUGGAUCUACCAGGUCCCUGGGUGGGAGUGGAAUCCAAUUGAAAAGUCCAAAUCGGACGCUCCCAUUCAGCCUUGCUUUUGCAUACCAAUACCAAACGACAAUGCGGGAACGCUGCAGGAGAUUUGCGUGUUGAGGUGGGUCAGGCUGGAUGCCAAUGUCCAACGACUUGUGGCUGUGGGUAACUCGAGCAUUGUUCCUGAUGAAAGUGAGGUCCUUGGAGCGCAGCUGGGAUCAAAGGGAGUGCUUAUAGUUCUUGACUUUGACAAGACGAAACCUCUUGAGAGCGUUCCGCCAACACCCUUGAAGACGGAGUACGACCUCGAUCCGCUGUGUCCUGGAGAGAUGCUACCAGAAGGAUCGAUUGAUUUUGAUAGAGAAGUCGAAUUGGUACGAACAAGGACGAUUGCCCAGCGCAGAGCGCAGGACCGCAAUCAAGCAGUGACGCGGAGGAAUUCGAGGAUCGGGUCCACGCCUGUUCAGCGCGCAAAUACCUCUGCUGCGAAUCGGCACGCCCCGCGGCCCUCGAUUGCAUCUGACGAGUCUGAGGAAUUGACACCGGAGGAGGCACAGGCCAUGUUUGAAGCACCAUACGACAACCAGCAACCAAGAUCGCAAAUGUCGCUCGCUAGAGCUGCUACUGUGGCAGCAGUAUCCCCUGCAAAUCGUCGUCAUUUACGGGCCCUGCCGCUUAGACCUCUAGAGUAUCGCCGGGCUGAUGGACAGCGGGAGCUGCCGCACGAGAGUGACGCCGAUAAUUGGGUACCACCACCACCUGCAUAUACGGCAACGGCAGCAGCGGCGGAAAGCGUCAGCUUGAGCCAUCCCGAUGCGCCUCCAGUUCCACGGCUGCCUCAGGCACAUUCGUCGUCUUCUGAAUCUUCUGCUCCCGCCUUGUCUGCCACUGUCAAUCCCUCGCAAAUCUCCCCACAGCCAUUCCAGCCGUUCCAGCAUCGCCAGCCAUCAGUCUCUUCAAGCAAUGUAUCCUUGCCUAUAUCUCAUGAACCAGAGCACCGACCGUCCCUGGUUCAUCCAUCGACCUAUCCCAGCCGACAGUCAUUGGACUCGACGCGAAGAAGACAAAAUUCAGCGACGCGCUCGUCAGCAGACCAAAUGUCGUACAACCCCUUGCCCACACAUCGCUCGCCGCCCCAGCGCCUGGCAGCAAGAAACCCAGUUCCAGCUCAUAACAACCUCGACCUUUAUUUGCCUCCGUCGGCACCGUCGAGCUCACCAGAUCAAUCUGUACGCCGCGUUUCUGCACCACAGGUGCAACGCCGGCCUGUUCCCCAAAGCGCAUUUGCCUCUAUGAAUUAUGCCAACACAUCACUGCCAAUGAGCGGAAGCACUGUAGACGCCAGAAUGGCUCUACCGCCGCUUAUCCCGCCGACCAGCCAACACGUGGCCGCGCACCAAUAUCUCGUCAGUGCACCUGCGUGCGCCAACGUGCAUACGAGCGAUGGGAGAAGCCUGCGGCGUCAGCACGUGGGUGGUGUAGCUGGGUCGGGGGCAGUCAUGCACGGAGCCGCGCAUGACGCCAGGGUGGAUGGACCAUCUGAUUUAGCUGCUCUGGCCCCGAGCGAUGCAAGGGAUAAGGGGAAGAAGGCCAAGAAGAAGAUGGCAUGUCAUGUCAUGUGAGGGGUGGGUUGGAAUACGUAUUUGUGCAGAUGAUGAUGAUGUGUGUGUGUGUGUAUGUGUGGCUGUGCAACGUCAUAUAGACAGGAAGGAGGGGCGGGUUAUACAAGGCAUUAUGGAAAGACGGGAAAGAAAGAAAG